AUGAAGUACCUCCUCUCCCAUACGUUCCCCAUCUUAGAUGUGCAGAAAUGUCAUAUUUUGGCUCUUCUAGUAUUUCUCUUUCUCGCGAUAGCUGAAUUUGCAAUUUAUGUGUAUCUCCACAUCGCAUCAAGACAGUUUCCUCGAGAGACUGACGUUAAAGGCAGGGACUUGAGGUUGCGGGGCGGUGUCUUCGCUUCGCUUUCAGCGAGCUCGGAGAGCUGCUUACUGAAAAUGAUCCAAUUCAGUUUAACAGAAGGUUCAAUGUCAGCCUUGGAGAUUAAAAAGGAGCCACUUCUUAUUAUCUAG